CGGCGCCCGCAGCACCUGCCGGCCAGCGCGAGGGCGGCGGGCGGGGAGGACCGAGGGCGGCAUGGCCCCGUAGAGUCGGUGCAGAGUUCAUUCCCGGGCAGGGCAGGGCAGGGCAGGGCUGGGGCCGAAGGUCCCGGCCCCGCGUCCGCGCGAUCUGCGGCAGCAUGAAAAAGAACCAGACUGUGCAAGGGACCUUCAGCAAACUCUUCGGCAAGAAGCAUGCCAACCCCAACGCCACCUCCCUCUACGCCACCAACCCCCCCUGGAUUUUCACGCAAGAGGCUCCGGAGGAAGGGCCCAGGGGUUUCGAUGGAAUCUACUAUGGAGAGAACCAGUUUAAUACAGUGAGUGAGUCGGGAACAGCCACACUGAAAGCUCGGCCCAGAGUCCGGCCCCUGCUGACUUUCCUUCCUCUGAAUGUCCAGGAGAACCAUGGGCUGGCUGUACCCACCCCCUGUGUCCCAGAAGACUUUGCUAACAAAGGAGUGACAGGUUCCAGCAUGCUGGUCAAUGGCAACCUCCGACUGUACAGCUCUGUGGGUGACCUGAGGCCUGGACACUAUGGCCAGGACCCACUCAUCCCCCCUCCUCCCCCGGGCCCAGCCCCAGGGCCACCCCCAGACAUGUCCCAACCUCAAGGGGAGUCACCACCUCCACCACCCCCACCUUUUGCACCUCCCCCUCCACCCCCCCUGCUACUGGAACCCCCACCCCCACCCAACAUAGCCCCACCUCCACCCCCGCCAUUGGGGGCCCUCUCUCCCCCACCUGCCCUUCCCUCCCCAUCCACACCUACCCCUCCUGACUUUAUUCCUCCUGCCCCACCCUUGGUCACUCUGGCCCCACCCCCGCCCCCUUUGCCAGUCCCAGCCCCUCCAGCUCCCUUGUCUCUUCAUCUCUUUCCCCCGGGAGGUGUCACCAAGUGGAAAUCAGAGGUUGCACUGAACAGUAGGCAGCCAGAGACCCCCAGAACCAGCCCCCCCAAGAGCCCAGCUGAGCCGAAAGGGAGUCCUCUGGGACCUAAGCCAGAGCCCCACCUUACCUUCCCUCGCUCAUUCAAGGUGCCUCCCCCAACCCCAGUCAGGACUUCCUCCAUCCCCAUUCCAGAAACACCUGGGGCUCCUCCAGAAGAUGGGCUGAUGAAAAAGGGCCACAGUCGACUCCCGCUCCCUCCCAGCUUCCAUAUCCGCCCUGCAUCUCAGGUCUACCCAGACAGUGCCCCUGAGUCAGAGAGUCCUGGGGGGCUCAGGACUGCAGCUCCAGCUAGCCCCAGGCUGGGGCCAUCCCUGUCCAGCACACAAGAGCAAGCUGAGACUCCACCUCCAGCCCCUCCUCUGCCCCCUCAUGCACCUCCUCUUCCCCCACCACCACCCCCUCAACCCCCUCCUGCCCCUCCUUUGCCUCCCAAUGAGAAGCCAACCCCUCCACCUACUGGAUUUACAAAAAAACCCAAAAACAGCUUUCCUGCACCUCAAUCCAAACCUAGCCCCCCCUCUCCAGAGGACACAGGCUCUUCAGAGCCCAUGGACUUGUGGGACCCCCGUCAGAUGGAUAAGCUGCGCAGUGAGCUGGCAGCCUACCUCUGCGGCUCCAGGAGAGAGGACCGACUGGUUAGUCAGAAGGCAGGGCCGAACACGGCCUCUAAGGAAAAGGAGGGCAAGAAGUGCCCCAGCCCACCAGAAAAGGAGGGUCUCCCAAGUCUGCCGGAGAAGGAGACACCCCCAGCUGUUCCUGAGAAGAGUCUUUGCCACCUGCCAGAGAGGGAGGCCACCACUAGCCUGACCCUCCCACCUGUAGACUACAUCCCCCAAGAAGCCUCCACUACCAGUGUCCGGCAGAUCCGAAAUGAACUGGAGGCUCGGAUCUCCUCUUCAGCAGACAAAGAGAACAAGCCUAGUAUCCGAUUUUUGCCCCCCAAACCUCGGCUGGAAGGGGGAAGAUUCUUUGAAAGCAAGGCUGAGAAUGGCAAGUUCUCCAAGCCCUGGACCAAGAAUCUGACGCCUCUAUCUACUGCCCCCCUGCCAACCUCAGCAUUCCAGACUAAGGCCACCCCUGGGCCGGCCACACCACCCAAGGCCACCUCUGGGCCAGCCUUGCCACCUAAAGCUACGCCUGCACCUGCUCUACCGUCAUCAAGCACAGCUCUGCCCACCGCAUCAUCCCAAAGGACAACAGAGAAGAACGUGGGCCCAAGUGGGCAGUGGGAGAAGACAGAACCUCAGGUACUUGCAGCAUCCUCCCAGCCAGAGGCAGAAGGGCGCCCCUCGGAAGCCAGUAAGCCCUCUCCACCCAGAGCCCUGUCUUCUCCAGCCCUCCCGCCAAAGACAGGAGCCCCAGGCCCAGGUCGGGAAGAGAUGACCUGCAUCUACCAGCCCCAUCGCAGCCUGAAUAACCCCAGCCGUGAGGUGGCGGUGGUGACGCCCACGGUGGCCAGAGAGACUGCAGGAACAGGGGGGCCUGUGGAAGUGAAGGAACCCCAGGAGCUGCCAGCCAAGCCCCCAGCUGCAGCCCCGCCUGCAGAGGAGCUUCUCAGGCACCCGGUGACGGGGGAGGUGGUGGAGCGGGGCUCCCCUAUGGCUCUGCUCCUUGCAGCCAGGCAGAGGGCUCAGAAGGGAAGGCUUGGGAGCGCAGGCCUGGGCCGGUCCUCCCUGCCAGGGAGUCUCCGUGGUCACAGCGGUCACGGCAGCCAGCCAGAGGCCGGCUCUGACAGCAUUUUCUACAACCACGGCCGGCCCAACUCCUUCACUGUGGUCCCCAAGCUCCCCAAGGAGGAGGUGCAGGACCCCGCGCUGGGCCUGUCAGCACAGCCCAGCACCCCGGCCCAGUGGAAGCCCCAGCCACCGGGGGACCCCGAGGGCCCGGAGUCCAGCCGAGCGCGCAACGGGACAAAGGCGGAGCCCCAGGUCCCGGGGGCCUGGGAGAGACCAGCUCGCUGCAGCCUCGCCCGGGGCCGCGCGCCGCCCAGGUCCUUCUCCUCCCCUCCGUCCCCGUCCUACAAGCGGGAGGAUGAGGACGAGGACGACAAAGAGUUCAGCUUCGAGCUCAUCCCCCCGCCGCCGGAGUUCAGCAGCGACCCCGAGCCCCCGGCACCGGCACCGGCACCGGCCGCCCACUACCGGGGCCGACGUUGCUCCCCGCCCAGGAACAGCCCCUCGGACUUGGGGCUGCCGCCGGUGGGCUCACGAGCACCGCCUCGCGGCUCCUCGCGGCUCCCGGCGGCGGCGAGCGCGCUGUACGGCCGCGCGGGGGCCCCGGAGCGCCGCUCGGGCGGGGGCGGCUCGCUCAUCAAGAAGCGUCUGUACGUCGGGGAGCACCCCCGCGGCCCCGGGCUGCCCCGCGGCGGCCCGGGCCGCAGCCUGAGCACCCCCAGCUGCUUCGGGCCGCCGCCCGGAGGCCCCGACAUGCGCCGCGUCAACUCGGCCGGCCGCGCCGCCCCCGGGGGUCUGCACACGCGCAGGACCUCGCUGGAGGGCGCCGCCCGCGGAGACACCAAGGUCAAGGCGGCGGCCGGCGACUACGGCUUCGCCCCCGCGGCCGCCAGGUCUCCCCACUAUGGAAACACUGUCAACACGUUCACUGUGAGGCCAGGGACCCGGCAUCCUAUCUCCUACGCCUACUCGGGGGCCCAUCGGAAAGCCACAUCCUAAGUCCUGGCCCUCUGAGCUGUAUUCCAAGGGGGUCCAAUCAGGGCACUUGUUUUUGUGGGGGUAGGAGGGAUGUAACAGUUGUGAGGCAGCCUGACACAGACACAAGGAGUGUUGUUUCCUGAACACAAGUGGAUGGAAAGAUGGACAAGUGAGAAGCAACGUCCCCUGAGAAGAUCAACAUGCACUUCUGCUUCCCAAAGCGCUGAUCUGGCUGUGGACCAUCAACAGAUGGGAGUGGGAAGGGGAAGGAAGGAGAAGAGGAGAUGCCUUUAAGGACACAGAGCCUGAGUUCCCGCUAUCUGGUACUAUUUGCUUUAGCAGGGCUUAUUUAAAGUGGUUUUACAAGCAUGGCCUACUGAGCAGGUUCUAAAAGUAAAAGGUAGGGCAGUAAUGGGACCAUAUCAGGUUGGAUGUGAUUGCCUGCCAGGCCCACACCAAGGCCUAAAGCCCAGCCCUGUCUGGGUUAGGUAUAGCAUGCUAGAGGCUGAUUUCUAUAGCCUCUUACCAGUCUGUCAUUUGCUGCCCCAAAAGUGAUAACUUGGAAUUCCUAGCAUAGAAACCACACUGAGGUGGGACCAGGAGUGGACAUACACAACACUUGGAGAAGAUACAGGAACAGAGUGCUUUGCACUAGCUAGGGGUAGGGGGAACUGAUGGUUCAUUUCACCCUGGCCUUGGCCCUGACUAAAGGGAGGCAUGAAAGGAAGAGAAGUGGCAACUUUGGGGUGGGAGAGAGAAUACUCAGGUUCAUUUUUUCUACUCAGACCCAGGUUGCCAUGAUUUGGGGGACUGGACCCAAGGAACCAGAAAGCCUGGGUCUUACAGCUGGUCGGGAACAGACAGGAAGCAGUUCUCUUUGGGGACGGGAAGAUAGACCCUUCUGCUCUGUGGUAAUAGCCAAAAGCCUUACAUGGCCAGGUUCAUUAAGACCUGCACCCCUCCGUAUCCUUUCUCACCACUUCUCCCAAGCCUAAUAAUACAAGCUCCCAAUACUGUUGAGACGUUAAAAUGGAUAGUCAAGAUGCCAAGAAGCCUUGAAAAGUUGAUAAAAAGAUGAGUAGAGGUCAAAGAAGAGUUUGUUGUUCAUAGGGAGUGUAUUUUAGAAAGUCGGGGUGGAGGGACUGAGCCAGUUCAAAACAGAGGCCCUAUCAGCAGGGUAACAAUUCAUCCUUUUGCCUGGGUAGUCUGGGGUUAUGCCUGUUCUCCAGCGAAUUAGAUGCCCCCCCCCUUCUGUUUUUAAAAAGGAAGUGUUGCUUUGGAUCAGACAUAGCCUCCAGAUAUCAGGAAGCAGUAUUCCUUGGUCUGUUCCCUGACUUUAGUUCCUGUAGGGCUGAAUUUCUAGGACCAGGCUAAGGCAAGAAGGAAAGCUAGAGAGGGUCCAGCCCACUCAGAUAAUGGAUUUUUUUUUCUUUUUUUUCAGAUAGAGUGAGAGAGGCAGACAGAGAGGAAAAGAAACCAUAGCACUGAAGCUUCCUGAAUUCAGUGCAGUAGGGGCCAGGUUCAAACUGGGGGCAAGCACAUGGCAAAUGAGCUGUUUUGCUGACCCAGAUGAUAGACCCUUAUGGUGUGUGGAAGUAGUUAAGGCAGUGGGUUAUGAGAAUGGCAGGUGAGCCACUUCAGGCAGAGUGGAAGCAUGGCAGCCCUCCCAAUGGAUCUGGAGCUGGCUCUGUGUUCAAGAAGCAAACCCCAACCCAAUGCCAACACUGACUCUCUUCUGUGGUAAUAGCCAAAAGCCCUAUAUGGCCAGGUUCAUUUUGAGACCUGGCCCCCUAUGUGUCCUUUUUCACCACUUCUCCCAAUCCCAAUAAUACAAGUCCCCAAUACGGUUGAGACCAGUGCCUGCACUGACUCUGUAUAUGUAUGUGUGUGUGCCCUAUUUUAUAAAGAUUCCAUAAACUCAUCUGCUUUGUUAAGGUUGGGGAGGAGGAGUGUAGACUGUGUACUUAGCUGUGUACUGCUCUGGGCUGGGCUGGGCAGGGAAGGACUGGCUCUCACUUGGUUUGGGAAAUAAACAGGCCAGUUUGGACUGGCCUCUGGCUUGGUG